AUAUGAGCCCAAUGGAUCAAAGCCACUCUUUGGCACUACAGCUUUCUUCUUGCCCCUUUCACAAUGACGGUUAACAGAAAGAUUAGUUUAUGCAACAAAUAUAGCUUUCCUUGCUCCUAAAGUCGCCAAUUAUUGACAAUUGAAGAUCACUCAACAUCGUCCUCGUUGGAAAACCGGAGCUUCCGGCGUCCCGUUCAGCUUCAGGAACACGAUCUCUCUCAAAAGAUUCCGUUGUUCUUUUUCCUCUCUUAAUCGCUCUGAAGAUCCCGUGGCUGUGGAACCGAAUCGACGAUGGCCGGAGGAGUUGAGGAAGAAGGCGAUGUGGCGGCGCUGCGGGAGGCGCUGAGGCAGGAGGCACAGGCCGUGGAGAAGCUGCGGUCGGAGCUGGAGGAGGAGCGGCAGGCGGCGGCGUCAGGGGCCGACGAGGCGCUGGCCAUGAUCGUGCGCCUGCAGGCGGAGAAGGCGGCGGAGCGUAUGGAGGCGGAGCAGUUCCGCCGGGUGGCGGAGGAGCGGAUCCAGCACGACGAGGACACGCUGGCUUUCCUCAAGGCCGUCGUUUUCCACCAGGAGAUGGAGAUCAGCUCGCUCAACCGCCGGCUGCUCGCCGUCCACGCCCCCGGGGACGAUCCCCUUUCGCCGGCCGUCGAUCUCCCCUGGCUGCGGAAGCUGGCCAAGAGCGGCGGCGCGGCGUCCAGGAGGAACGCGUCCCUCCCGGCGGUACACCUGGAGGAGCUCUGCUCCGAGCUCGACGUCGACGCCGGCAAGAAGUCGACGGUCGGCGACCGGAGGCCGGAGAGGACGAUCUCGGACAUCGGCGAGGUGAUCGGCAGGGAGAAGGAGUGGGCGACGAGACCCAAUCAGGCGGUGGCGCCAACGCACAGGCUGCACCGAUCAGCCUCCUACCGCCUCCCCCGGCGCGCGCCGAGCUACUCCGCGCAAGCGCAGUGCGGCGUGCGCUCAGCAGCAGGCCGGGCCUCGCCUGAGAUCAUCGCCGAGGAAGACGAGAAAUCGUGCAAGAGCAACGCCGCGCUGGAAGCCGACGUCGAGCAGAUCAAGGCCACCGUGCAGUCUCUGCAAACCGAGCUCACAAAGCUAAGAGAGUCCACCUUGUCCGUCGGGGACGCACACUCCAAGAUACUAGCCGAGAUCCACGCAAUGCUCGACGGCGGCGUUGCGCCGCCGUGGCGGCAGAGGAGCUUCGAAGCACCAAGCCUUGAGCUGCUGAAGAAGAAGGCCACCACCAGCAGAGAAGGAGGAGGCAGCAGCAGGUCUUCGUCGUCUUCCAAGGAGCAGAGCUACCAGCCACUGGCUGAGCGUGAGCUGCUGAUGAACCAUUUCAUUGAGGUACGUAGCCUCACCUUCUCUGCUAGCACUAUUGUUAGACCCCUGAUCAAGGCCGCUGCAUCCAUGUCACUGCUUAGGUGCCUGAUGAUUUUGGUCUUGGCCGUCGCGAUUAGAAAAGUUCUGAUGAACUCUGAAUGUGUAAGCAUUUAAGCAAUGCCAUGAUCGGUUCUGUCAAUGGACAAUUUUGUUGCUGAACUUUUUUUAUAUUAGCUCCUUUUUUUAAUCAGACAAUGUAAUAAUAUAUAUAGCAACCCUUCUGAGAUGAACAGGGGGUGAAACAAUAAUUUGCGGCCUUUUUUUACCUUAUUGUUAUGCUACUGAAGAAACAUUGAGUAGCAUGCCAAAUCAAUGCAUGAGUGCUUGAUUGUAAUUUGUAUUUUGUUUUCCCUAUAAUGCACAAAAUACGUGAGCCAACGAAGGAUUUUUCGUUA